AAUAAAAAAAGAACAACAAAACAAAGCAGAGAUAACAAAAAACAUCUGGUCAAAAUUCCCGCUUUUCAUUUGUUGCGUUUUUAAAUUACAGUUAAGUUUAACGCUGGUCUAAAAGUAAGUGGUGAAAUAUAAGUGUGGCACAUAAACACAAUUGUAUUACUUCUGUUUCGUAUACAUAAUAGCCAUUAUAUUAAUUUUGUAUUGAAACAAUGGCUACCGUCGAAGAAUUUGAAACUUUAGACGAAGAGGUUAGAGAACUUAUUCAAAACUAUAAACAUAAGAGAGCGACUGCGUAUGAACCCUGCACACUCAAUAAUAUUAAAGAGUGCCUAAUUGGUCUCAGUGAAGAGUUUGGGUUACUCAAUAUCAAUUACAUUUUUAAUCCACACGUAGAUGUUAUUAAUAAUACCAUACGCUGUGAAGCCGUCGUCAAUCUUAUGAAUGCAGUAUGGACAUUAUUACAAACUUUUAAAAAUGUGUCGGAGAAGGCAGCUAAUCUUGAAGAGCAGAAUCAUAUCCUGGAUCAUAACAAUAAACAACUCAAUGGAUUAGUUGGGAGGUUGAAAGAAAAGAUAAGUUUGGAGAAAAAUGAAUCUAAAGCAUGUGUUGCAUCAGCCCAAAGGAUAUCGGACCAAUCGGACACAAUGUUACACAAGCUGACUGACAUGCGUGCCAAGUUGCUACAAGUUACUAAGCAAAAGGAAGCCAAUGAACGACAACUACAUAAUGAAAUCACCAGGCUCAAGUUACAAAAUGAAAAGCUUACUGAUAGACUGAGGAAUAAAGAUGUUCACAGUCAUCCUAAUAAUGCAUCUCAUGCAGUAUGUAAAACUUUGAAAACAGAACAAGAAGACUACAACAAACAUUUGAAGAAAGUUAUAAGUAAACUGGAGACCAAUAAUCAAAUGUUAUUACAAGAAGUUCUCAAACUUAAAGAAGAACUCCUUUUCAGAGGAAUGGAUCAAUUUACUCUAGACAAUGGAAAAAAUAAAUAACUUUCCUAUAUUCUGUGUCAGGUGUCUCAAGUUACCUUUAUGAGCUGUGACUAAUCGUUUUAAUUUACUAAUGUUAUCAACUAACUGACUGAUUAGUAUUGUAUUUUAAUGAUCAGUAUUAUAGCACUUAACUAAUGAUAAUUAUGUACAAACUAAACCUGGCUAAGUGAUCAUUGUUACAUUAGAGCUGAGCUCUGAAAUAAUAAUUAAAAUGUUACUAAUUUUGUAAGUUUGAAUCUCAAAUAAAAGUUGAUAA